CAUCUUGGCGGCCAAUGGCAGGCGCCCAUGUUGAUUUAUAUAAAGUGGCAGCUUCUUGUGGGAAUCCUUGGAGACGUCUCUGCUAACGCAUGGAAAUGGGGUCAUAUAUGGAAGCCUGCUUGAUGUUAUUGUGUGCGACGUGGACGUUAGCGGACAGGCCGGGAUGUCCGCCAACGUGCAAGUGCCCGGAGAUCCUCUUCUCAUGCCCCCCGGGAGCAGCUCCGGCGCCGGACACCUGCGGUUGUGGGUGCACGGUUUGCGUCCAUGGCCUGAACUCUGCUUGUGAUGGAUUCAGACCGUGUGACGGUACCCGAAAUCUACUCUGCGACUACGCGGGAGACUCGGCCGGCCAACAAGGAGUGUGCAAGGUCCAUUACGAGCAUCAGUCUUGCUACCAUGACGGCAAUGAGGUUCUCCAUGAACAAGAGUUUGAAAUAAACUGUGAAAGUCGCUGUAAAUGUGAGAAUGGGAAUAUCCGUUGUGUCCCCCUGUGUCCCGAACCGGAGAAACCCCUCAUCCCCGAUUGCAAGGAAAUGCAACUAGUCACUGCUCCAGGUGAGUGCUGCGCCCAAUGGAAAUGUCUGGAGGUGUCAAGUGGGUCUGAAGACUCGGAUGAACCCUAUGAUACUUACCCAGCUGUAGAUGAUGUGUCUACGGGUGCAGAGGCAAUGAUCAGGACAAGACGAGAAGCCCCUGAUUUUGGAGGGUUCACAGAUACAGAACAGGAUGAGGAGCCACUGGAAGAACCAGCCCCCUGCAGACCCGAUACAGAAUGGACCCCAUGCUCACGCACUUGUGGAUUUGGGACUUCACUGCGAAUAGUUUACGAGAAGGAAAGUUGUAUACCUAAAGCUGAGAAGAGGCUAUGCAUGAUCAGACCCUGCAAGGGACAAUACCCCAAUGCUAACUAUACGGUCCUUAAGGCAACUAACGUCUGCAGUCGUGUCAUGCACUGGUCCCAUCCCAUGCACGUCCGUUAUCGUGACUGUCUCUCGAGCCGACCUCUGCUCCCUAAAUUCUGUGGGCUUUGCUCAGAUGGCCGUUUAUGCAAACCUUCGCUGACCCACACGCGCCCAGUGUCAUUUCAAUGUGCCAAACUCAACAGGAAAAUCACCCACCAAGUUAUGUGGGUGCAGAGGUGUGAAUGCGGUGGGAAAAAAAGGAAGCAGGGUGAGAGAGCAAAAAAGCCAAAAGUGGAGACCACAACUUCAGUAACAUCUACUCAUUUAAAUAAAAAAGAAGACAACCAAGCCAAUGAAAUUAUGGACUGAGAUUAUAUCACUGUCAACAUCAGUGGGGUGUCGGGAGUCUGAGACUCCCACUGAUGAGACCUUUACGAUCUGACUGAGUUGUUAGAAGGAAGUCUGUAUAUUUAGUGUCUUCUAGGGAUGACGGAACUUGUGUUUCAAGUUCGGCGUUCAAGGUUUGGGUUAUCUAAGAAUUUUGUUAUGGAUUCCGCUACCACGGACC